CUUCAUUAUCUUACUUAAUUACAAUAGACAUCUUAAUUUUUCCAAUUUUACAAACAACAACACAUACAGAUUUGAGAUUACAGAAAAGGUUUCAGAAACUUGAUAGCGGUUCGAUAAAAUCCAUGUUUAUUGGACAACUACUUCUUCCUGUUGCCCGAACGAUCAAUCCGACCCCCUGCUUCCUCCUCCGCUCCAGGAAGAUAUUGUUGUCAAUGUACGCAGCCAAUUCAAAGAUGGGCGACGAUAAUCUCAGGCUAAUUGACGACAAGAAGCGUGCUAAUUACCGUCUUUGCAAUGUAGCCGGUUACAAGACGGAUUUGAUAGAAAUUCGCGCUCAAAAUCCGGCAUUCCAUGUUCUGUUCAUUCCUGGGAAUCCUGGUGUUGUCUCAUUCUACACUUGUUUUUUGGAGUCAUUAUAUGAGCUGCUGGGAGGAAAUGCUACUGUGACUGCUAUUAGCCAUGUAUCUCACACACAAAAGAAUUGGGAGCGUGGGAGGCUGUUUUCCUUACAAGAACAGAUUGAUCAUAAGAUGACUUUUAUGGAACAAGAACUUGGUGAUAAUGAAGUCCCUAUUGUGUUGGUUGGCCACUCCAUUGGUGCCCACAUAUGUCUGGAAAUGUUUAAAAGAUCACCAGAAAAGGUAAGAUACUGUGUCUGUUUGUAUCCUUUUUUGGCCAUAAAUACAAAGUCUUCAACACAGUCUAUCAUUAGGAAAAUUGCUGCGUCCCCUCUAAUAUGUGCAGCAGUUAGUUCAAUUGUGGCAUUUUUUGGAAUACUACCAAUAUGGGCCUCCAGGUUUAUUGUUAAAAGUUCCUUGGGGAAGUUGUGGUCUUCUUCUGCCGUGGACGCGCUCUGUACCCAUGUGUUUCAGUACCACUCAAUAAGGAACGUGCUCUUUAUGGCAAUGACCGAAUUCAAAGAGCUUGCAGAAGCUCCAGAUUGGGACUUCAUAAGAGAGAAGAGAAGGCAGUUCUCAUUCCUGUUUGGUCUGGAUGAUCACUGGGGUCCCUUGCACCUUUCCGAGGAGAUAGCAAAGCAGGUCCCAGAUGUAGUACUGGAAGUGGAGCGAGGAGGCCAUACGCAUGCUUUCUCUUGCACUGAGGCUGGCUCUUUGUGGGUUGCUAAGCACGUUGCAAGCUGGAUAACCAAUUACAACAAAUCGAAUUUCGAUCUUUAAGGUACAGACGAAACCUGUGUCAGCUUGUUAUAAUUGUCAGAAUUGGAUUAUUCGGACGUGAAAAAACAAAAUAGAGAGGCAGACAAAUUUCUACCGAGAAGAAACCCCUCCCUAGUAACGCACAUUAUCUUCAUAGACAUGAUUUUUAGUACUUUACCAUUCUCAUGAUGCCCUUUGGAGGGGUACCAUAUUUGCCUUUUCCUUUUGUUCUCUUUUGGUUGAUGAUCCUCUUGUUUUGAGGUGGGAGGAGCACGUAAAUCCACGGCUGCUCCCUUUAGCUCUGGUUCUUGUGCUUGUUUGCUUUCGGCUUUUUUUUUUUUUUUCCAGUGUCAGCAAAAUCCAAACCUAUGUGUUUAACUUUUGACUAGUGAUGAGAAACCUUGAAAGCGAAGGCUGCAAUGAUGCGUUUGAGGUUAAAGUUAUAACUACAUGUGAAGGAUUAUGGACAGACUCUUGGGACUCGGGGAAGGAGGGACCUUAACCUCAUGUGUUGUAUUAUAACGGAAGCAACGUUUGUACGUUAUGGACCAAUGGUUUUACCCCAAUUAACUUUGAGAACCCCCCCAGAUUAGGAAUUUUCAACAACUCGUUCCCCAAAGAAGUAAGAACAGCACCAAAAUUAAAUUUCUUUACGAGUACCACUAUUCCCAAUCAACCAUGAGAAAAUGAAA